AGCUAAUCGAAUAGUCGCAAUUGCGAAUUCGCUGCGCGAGGUUAAAGUUACAAACGAGACUGGCGAAAAUGUUGAACUCCUGCAGCUGGCUGGCGGCAUUGCUGCUCUGUGGCUGCAUCAUUGGUCUGAGCGCAUCCUCGGAUGCAUUGCAGCAAGAAAGCAGUGCGUUGACUAUGAGCAACAGCAUUGUUGCACCUGGUCAACCGUUGUACUAUCUGAUGGCCGAUGCUGGACCAACAGUGGGACCCAACGAUGAAUUGAAGCGCACAAAUCGUUCAUUGAUGAAGUGGUGGGAGGAUUUGUUUGGACCUAACAAUUGCUGCAAUAACAACAACAAUUUGCUGCCCAUCAACAACAAUUUGCUGCCCAUUAAUAACAAUAAUGUGUUGCCAGCAAUUGUGCCCAAUAAUUGCAAUGGACUUCAGUUCCAGAACCUGGAUCCCUUCAAGCAGAUGAAGCUGUUCAAGAAGCUGCCCGACCUGUGGGGCAACAACUGUGGCGGGCAGUGUGGCCAGUGUGGCAACACCUAUGUGCCACCAGUUGAUGCUGGCUAUGUUGCACCACAACCACAGCAACCACAACAGCCUGCAACUGUGGCUCCUGUUGAUUACAAUGCUGCGCCAGUGGCGCCUGCUGUGGUACCUAAUCCUGCCUACGAUGGUCCUGGCGAUGGCGAUGCUGGCUAUGUUGCACCACCAGUUGCGCCAGUGGCAGAUAACUAUGUUGCACCACCAACUGUAGACAACUACGUUCCUCCACCAAGUGUCGACAACUACGCUGCACCACCUGCUGCCAGCUAUGAGGCUCCAGCUCCCACCCCAGACAGCUAUGAGCCUGCUCCUGCCCCAGCACCGCAGAGCUACAGCAAAGUGGAGGAGAAGAGCAACUAUGGUGGUGCACAGCCUCCACAAAUUGUCUACCAGCCCAUCAUCUAUCUGAGUGCAUCGCCAGCUGCCCAGGCAGACACAGAAGUGUUGAAGUAUAAGCCACAGGAGCAAAGCUACGAAGCACAAACGGAGCCACCUCAGGCACAACCCAUCUAUGAGCCACCUCCCGCACCGCCUGCUCCAGUUGAACCUCCAGCCUAUGUUGCACCACCUCCAGCUGCCCCGCCCUGCAAUGCUCCCGCCUGUGGUUAUUUGCCACUUGUGGGCGUGCCCUUCUACAGCUACCCCGCUCCACCACCAGCCCCUGCUUAUGCUCCACCACCGCCUGCGCCCAGCUACGCUCCACCUCCACCGCCAGCUGUGGCACCGCCUGCACCCGCCUAUUCUGCACCCUCUUGCCAGACGCCCAUUCGAUUGUCGCUUCACGAUCAGCCGUAUCGCGUCGCACCCGAACUGUUCCAGGAAUACAACUAUCGCUUGGCCCUGGCCGAUCGCAAUAGUUUAUAGCCUGCCCAUUGACAAUAAAUUUCCGCUUACUAAUUGUAAAUAAAAAGUAUCUCAAGC